AUGGCCAGCAACGUCGAAGCAUGGACAUUAAUGUCCUUGGGUCUGUUCACUAUCUUUGUGCGUAUAUCCGUACGAUGGAAGCUAGUGGGACCUUCCAACUUCCAGCUCGAUGACUAUCUGAUGCCAUUGGCCGGGGUCUGCUUCAUUCUCGAAACGAUAGCCGCAUACCUUGUUGGGGCGAAAUUCGAGGGCCUUACCAAUAGCUUCAUGACGGACGAGCAGCGAGCAACCCUGGACAGUAGUUCCCUUGAAUGGUCGCAUCGCGAGGCCGGUUCCAAAAUCCAGAUCAUCGGAUGGUCUUUGUAUGUGGCCAUUCUCUGGCUGAUCAAGUUUAGCCUGGCGGUCUUCUACUCCCGACUGACGACUGGCCUCCAACACCUCCCGACCCGCGUUCGUGUGGCAUACGUCAUCCUGGGUGUUACAUGGCUUGCAACACAACUGUCCCUCCUUUUGUCCUGUCAGCCUUUCCACGCCUUUUGGCAAAUCACCCCGAACCCCGGAAACUUCUGCCAACCAACAAUCUCCCGUGUCUAUGUUUUGCUUACUGUUAUUCUCAACAUCCUCACUGAUGUCUACCUUCUUUCGAUUCCACUCCCCCUUCUCUGGACCGUGAAUAUUGGUCUUAAACGGAAGAUUCCACUCAUGGCUCUAUUUUCCGGCGCCGCCUUUGUUAUCAUCGCCGGUAUCAUUCGUGCGGCUACAAUUAUGAGCAACAGCCCCGAUGGCGCCGUUGCGGGUUCCCAAUGGGCCUGCCGUGAGACAUUUGUCUCAAUCGUUGUGUCAAACCUUCCCAUCAUUCAACCGUUGAUCCGCAGAGGAUUCAAGAAGAUUGGUCUUUCGCAACUGUUCAGCUCCUCAGGCAAGAACUCACAGUCUUACCCACUAUCCAGUCAUGGUCUGCAGACCAUGACAGGUCGUGAUAAGAAAAGCAAGACAAGUGCUGCGGCGCCUUCUCACAUGCAGGCAUCUGCAUGGGGCAGCGAUGAGCACAUUCUUGCAGAGUCUGAGCCAUCUUCCAAAGAUAUUACAGUCGUCUCGGAGACUGUUGUACAAAGUGAACCGUGGGCUGUGCAGGGAACCUCUGGUGGGGGUCACUCGACAUCACCCAAAGAGUGGAACAGCCGGCUAUCCCAUCGGUGA